GCGUUUAACACGCGUGACGUCACUGCCAUUUACUAAUUAACCAAAGACACCAAAACAAAUCCCCUAUAGGGGCACGUCGCACCAACAUCACCUAAUUUUCUUUCUCGAUUUUAACUCUCGCCUACUGAGCCCUCAAACCGGCGCUGGAAUCAAACGCGCCGCCAAUAUCACAGCCAUUUCCCAUCUCCCUCCAUUCAUUAAUGAUUCCUGUAGGGGGCUGCACACGUCAGCAUCAGCCGCUGUUGACAGAAGCCCCCAGGCUGCUGUCACUGACACGGCAGCAGCAGCCGCCGCCGACGCCGCCGCUGUUGCCCGUCCCGGGCAUACUAUUACAGCACUCAUCAUAACCACCACCAACCAACCACCGUCAUCGUCACCACCACCACAUUUACCUCCAUUGCCAACUAUCACCGCCACCAUCACCACCAACACUCAACGUCCAUUACCAUAGGCAGCAUGUGGGCCAAGCUGCUGUUCCUGCUGCUCUACGUGUGCGUGCUGUUCCUGCUGGCGCGAUUCUUCGAGGCCGUGUCGUGGUGCGAGACCGGCAUCUUCGCCUCUCGCCUCGUCGACCCCGUGGCGCUCAGCCUCAGGAAGCUGCGCGGCCUCCUCGAAUCGCGCGGACUCAGCCACGCGGGGCUCCUCGAGAAGAGGGGACUCGCCCGCCUCGUAGAGGACUCCGGCGAUGUGAGCGAGGGAGAGCUCUAUUCCACGCUGGCCGAGGGGGAGGCAGACGUGGACAACGCCAGCAGCAGCAGCAGCAGCGCGGACUUCACCAGCGAGAUGCACUUCUACGAGCAGGUGGAGGACACCAAGGAUGGCGUGUGGCUCGUGCAGAUCUCGUGCAAGAAGAAACACUUCAUGCUGGAGCCGAAGGAGUGGAAGGAGGUGGUCAAAAAAGUCUCCCGCUUCGGCAUACGAACAGGGACCUUUCACUGCUCCCUGGAUCCCAGGUUCUGCAUGAAGCGGGGAUGGCUUGGACCAAGUCUCAUUAUGGCCGUGCCUCUCACAAACACCUCCAAGGGAAAGGUGGUCCUCAAAGAGUUCCACGGGAGGGUGAAGGGGCUGCAGCACAUCCUGGAGUGGGUGCACGCGAGCGUGGCGGCUCGCAUCGCCGCCGUGCGCAAGCCGGCGGAAUUCUGGGACGAGUGGCGCAGGCCGGGCACGAGCGACGCCAAGGCAGGAAGGGGCGGCGGCGGUGGCAGAGGGGGCAACAAAGUGGGCGCCGGCAACAGCCGCGUCAAGGUCUUCCUGUUCGCCAACCUCGACCGGCCGCCCAUGUUCCUGUCGGCCGUCAGCGUCAAGUUCACGGGGCGUGUCCGCUUCAUCUUCGUCGACAUGCGCAGCUGGCGCAAGGAGGACUAUGAGCGGCGCGGGGAACUGAACCUGCGCAAGCUGCCCGCGUACAUCAUUCAGACGCCCGAGGGCACGUACGAGUACGGCACACUGCGAGGCGAGCACUUCUCGCACCGCGCCCUCGACAUCUUCCUGCGCUUCUUGCAGCCGGAGGUAAACGACUUGUUCGUGCUCAGCCUGGUGCUGGUGAAUGCCGCCGCAUGGAUGGACCUCUUCAUCACACAGGGUGCCACCAUCAAGCGCUUCGUCGUGCUCAUCAGCACCCUGGGCACCUACAACACGCUGCUCAUCCUGUCCUGGCUGCCCAUCGUCGGCCUCCUGCAGCUGCCCCACCUGGACACGUUUUACGAGUACAGCCUGAAGUUUCUGCGCUUCACCAACACCACAAAGAUAGCGUCGUGGGUGCGCACGGACUGGAUGUUCUACUCGUCCCACCCCGCGAUAUUGUUGGGCACGUACCUGGCGCACGGCCUGAUCGUCGACCUCAUCGAGAAGAAGCGCAAGCUGUCCGACGAGGACGACGAGAUCCUGAUGGAGAACAAUUUGGACUGGCUGUCGAGUCUCUGGGAAUAUUAUUCUAAUUAUUUGUUCCGCCCCAUAGGCUCCUUCCCGGGCUACCCCACCAGUUAUUACGACGGCGACUUGGAGGACGGCAUCGACGUUUUGCUGGAGCGACUCGCCGUGCCGGACCUUUGGCUGCGACCGUCAAUUUCGACCGAUUAUAUAAAGUAUCUGCCGACGUGGGAAUUUAAGUGCGCCGAGCGCAUUAAAACGCCGGCCCGUGCUGCCGCUCGCACACGCGCGCCCGGACCGGGCGCGGACGAGGGGUGCCGCGGCUGCUCUGCCUCGCGCGCGGACGACGACGACGACGACGACGGCGACGGCGGCGAACAUUCGCGCGAACGCGGAGCAAGCCACGUGCCCCCCCACGGCGCCUGCCCUUCGUGUAAAUCCGCCGGGGCACGCGGCGGACGUGGCGGCGACGCGGCGCGUAUCUCCCCUGUCUGUAGUCGAAACGCCGGAGCGUGCGAGAGGGAAUUUGGCCGCUGCGUUUGCGGACGAGCAGGAGGCGGCGAGCGCGGCGGGGCUGUCUCCGGCGGUUGGACUGAGCCGACGGGUCGCGUGGGGGCGGCUCCGGCGCAGGCUGAAUCGCCGUGUGGGCAGCCCGACGGGCCCCGGCGCCUUCCCCCCACAGACCCUCGCGUCGUGGCCGACAGCAGCGCCUCCGACUCGGAGGUCGAACGGGAGGUGGAGGCCGACUGGUCGUGCUGGCCGCGGGGCUCGGUGCGCGGCUCCGAGUGCGUGGUGUGCCUCGAGGCCUACUCGCUGGGCUGCCUGCUCACGUGCCUACCCUGCGGCCACGCCUUCCACGCUCGCUGCAUUGCCAUCUGGCUCGAAGGCGGCCGCCACUGCUGCCCCGUGUGCCGAUGGCUCGCGUUCCGCGCACGACCCCAGCAGGCCGCCCCCCCGGCUCCACCCGGCUUCACCCAGCACGCCGAUUGAAGGGGAAACGUCACUCGUAAAAUCCGCCCUCUACCCCACCCAUCCAUCUGCCCCCUACCCACCCACCCACCCCCGCUGCCACUCAAAGCGGAGUGCACUUAGUGCACUACAUGAAAGGUUGAAUGAAAUACCUCUUUUCCACGGUACAACCGAGCCGUGCUGGGCCCACGCCAAUGCAGCCCAGUGCAGCUCCUGAGGCGCCAGGUUGCUUUUCCACUGCAGAAGCCGGUGCCAUGCUGCUAAAGUCGCACGCGAUGAACGAGUGGAGACGCAUGCAGAUCACACUGCCUUCCAUCUAUUGACUGAUGUCACGCUUACGGGCUCCUCGCGGUACAGGUGGUUUUCCACUGGCUUGUUUUCCAUGCUUAACGAGAACCAGGCCAUGAUGUCGCUGGCCUCACAAGACAUCUGAAUCCAGCUCGGGGCCAAGCAGGGCCAGAGGCAUGGCUAAACAACGCAUUAGUUGCGUGUGACGUCAAUCGGCAAACAACCCAGACACAUCACCGCAUCAUCUCCCUGUGUCUCAGCCCUGUCAUUGCGUGUGAUUCUGCAGUGGGACAAAAUGUGACCCCCUCCUGAGCUGCACCACCUUGGUUGCACCAUUGGAAAAGAGGAAUAAGGAUGUGUUUGUCCGGCAAAGGUGCAUAUAUCAAUUUUACAUCGGUGUCAAUGGCUAGGAAUCGAACCUAGGUGAACGAGAUAAUAGUGCAGUACGCUAAGCAUUGUGCCACAGCUCCCGACAUCAGCUCACCGACAGCACACUUUACUCCAGCCGUCUGUCAAGCUUAACAAAUACCUUCGUGUCUUCAAUCACUCCUAUAACAAAUACAAGCUUGCCUUGUGGCACUGUAAUUGAGGGCAGUUCCUCAAACGAAGCAUCGAACAUUCAUCAUUGCCAAACGUAGAUAAACGCCACCUGACCAUUUAACGUUCAGUGGCAGACAUCGCAGAGCCUGUGCGCAAGCUAUGCUUUGCUUCCGGUGCACGUCAGGUGCGCUGUGAAUAAAGCCGCAUACCCUGAGCGGGAGGAAGAAGAUCAGCAGAUCAGUGUAAGGGCAAGUGGGAAUUGGUGUUUAAAUCGGCGUUGUCAGCAGUUUCUUCUAUUCGUGCAGUGAACAUAGUGACCACAUUCAAGAGCGUAAUGCGAAUUUAAGAGCUACUCAAGUUUAAACUUCGGUGAAAUUAGGUGAAAAGGACACAGUUAUCCCCCACGCCAUGUUAAUGUAAUCUUAUAAAUUAUGCAUGGUGCUGUCAUGUUCUCAUUGAGAUACAAAGUGCGUUUCUGGUGAGGGUUGAUGUCCUUUCUAGUGCUCUGAUGAAAUCUUCAUUAUUAUUACUUUUCAUUUCUUAGAUCACCCAGAGUUAGAAAUCUUUACUUGGACUGGAGGAAUCCAAUGAGCUAUGAAGUUUUCGUUUCAGAGAUGUCCAGUCAAGGGCGGGUCAGCAGAACGAAUUCCCAAUUGACAGUCAAUAAGGGGCGUAGCCUUGAAUACGGAUGGAGGAAUACUGCAAGAGCAGAAAUUGUAAGUCAAGUGUUGACUUUGCAACAGCUGUGAGUUCCGACACAAGGGAGAAAGCAGUGGUGACAUCUGGAGGCAUCGGCAGUAUUGACCUUGAUGACCUCUGGACCUUGAAGUCGCAGGAUAACGCAGCUGUCAGGCCUAUUUGUCGAUUUUCUCCCAAUCACGUGAUGCAUCUUAAGCUUUGACACGUUAUUUCUUGUUCUUCUCUCCAUUCUGCACGCGUUGGUCUUCUCUGUUACAUUUCGCUGGGGAAAAGAGUGAUCUGAGCAUCUGCAUUAUCUAAUCAUUUGGUUGUUUUUUUUUGUUGUUCAGAGACCCUCCCCCUCCCAACAGUUUAAGCCAGAAAUAAACACCCCAGAUGUUUCCUGUCUCUUUAAUAUAGGUGAGGCUCAUAUGGUCUAUGAUUUUCUGUUACAUUGCAUAAACAUGCACACGUUCGUUGUGGUGCCUUUUCACCACGUGCAAUCAACUGCAACGGCAUGCGGUGCGUGCGAUUGAUUGCGUUCGUCGAGUCUGACGGGGAGGUGUUUGGCACAUUAACACGAGUAAAUUUAAACGCGUCGGUUUCGAGUCUCACAGUUCGAAUUAAAACCCCGUGUAAGCAUGCCACCGGUGCGUAAAAAUGUGCUGUCCGCGGAAGGCUUGCAAUUUGACCGCAGUGCGAGUGUUCUUGAUCAGAAGGGUUUGUGUAAAUAUACUCUCAGAAUGCUCCAGUGGGUAAUAUGCAUUAGUUUUAUUUUUCCAGUACAGCACGGUUUGACCGUGUGAGAAUCCCUCAAGCCCAUGGCUGGGAAGAUGUGCUUAGUGGCUGAUAUUUUGCAUCUUGCUGUUCAGCCCCACGCGAUUUCUUUUGCACUGAAAUGGACCAACUUUAUUGACACUGCUAUAGCUGUUGGGGAAAGGCACUUGCACACGGUACUCGCUUAUAAUAAUCGAGCUCAGACCACUUCCACCUUGACAGAUGGAGUGGAUGGUAAUGUGAUCUUAUUUCCUAUGUCGGCGUGAAAAACCCAUCCUUCCAAGGUUACAGGUUUAUAUAUGGAAGGAAAGCCAUCUUGUAAAGAGACUUACAAAGGGUGUACUAAAUCCAACCACUGUAUUUCGUUACCCAAUCUAUACAAAUCAAAAUAACUCAACCAAUAAUUGUUGCCGGCAUGUGCAUCAUUAUCUAGCGUAGAUAACUAUUCUCAUUUGUCCUAUCUCUGGGUAAUCUGAAUGUGUAGGUUGGUGAGAGAUGGCAACUGUAUACAUUGGGCCGUUUGUUGAAAGUUCUUCAGGCCUUGUUAGUUUAAUAUAUUGGACUGCUAUGAUUGCAUUAUCAUCCACAUUGUAAGGCAGUUUAAACUGCUUUGACAAUGACUGCUAAUAAUAUACAUGUUUGCACAGCAGAGUUGAAACUAAUAUUUCAAUGGCCAGUAAGAAGAUGAACAGAUAAAAUAAAAAUGACCGUGUAAAAUGAACGUCUAGAUUUAUUUUCUAAACUCAGGAUUUUUACCUAGGUUUUGGUGUGACUAAUGUAACUUUUGAACAUUGCUCUUUGGUUUCCUUUCCACGUGGAAUGUGUGACGGAGAGGGGGGGGGUCGGACAGGAGUGACAAUAUUUCUCGACACCCUGGCAAAUGCAUUUUCCUCAAGGGAAAUCAUUCGUCAAGGACAGCUUGUCCAAGUGUUCCCUCUGCUUAAGCUAUAAGAAUUUAAAUAGAUUACGUUAAAAUAAAGUGUCACUCUGCAUUUAAAAUGUGCGAACGAGUUUUAAAUGUGAGAAAGCAUUAGUGGACCGUGAACUGGAGGAGAGUAUGUAACAGUUUAUGCAAAAGGCUAAUGAAAGUUGAUUGUGAUAAUGUUUUUAUCAAACGAGGUUUGUGCCAAAUUCACUUUUAUUGGCGAUUUCAAGAUGUUGGUAAAACUCUGUUUCCCAUCUCAGGUGCUACCAACAAGUCAAAUAUUUGGCCUGGGCUCUUGGACUAUAAAGACAUCAAUGUACGAAAAAAAUGUGGGACCAUAAGUUCCAACCCACUGUGCAAAUUAUCCCUAAUAUUUUACUGCCGUUGACCACCUAAAUGACGUGUAUCAUCCAUGAUGCGAAAUAUAUUCUUUGUGAUUGGCAGAGUCUGUGUACCAUUACAAACGAGACCACCGCAAAACGUUAUCCCACCUUUCCACAUUGUGGCUGCAAUGCUGUGAAGGCCACGUGAAUCGGUGUCACCUUUUUGCAAAACAACGAACGACGUGUUUUACGCCGGGUUUUUUUUUCAGGGUCAAGGGCAGGUCAGUUAGUGCCAGAAUACGUGGAUCGAUUUCUAAUUAGACCCAAGACCUUUCUAAUAAAAUACUGCUUGUAGAGCAAUGGACCAGUAGUGUGGGAGAGUUUCAUGGGCUGAGGUUAAAACUGGGUCUAACGUGAAAUGAGAUUACGAUUGCGAGACCAUGAAAUUUAGUUUUCGCAUUGACGUCCUCCAAAAAUCAAUUCCGCCCAAAGCUACCUCGGUCAGUUGAUUGCAGCCAUCGGUAUUCAGACCUAACAGCUGAGCAGCGAGUUGGCCUGUGAGUGACCUGUGUGGGUUGAGAAAUCACCUUCGUCAGUGCAAAGUUAAUAAUGAUAACAAGACGUGGCAGCAGGAAGCGGCGGAGGUUCUGAAUUUAAUACCGUGACGAAGUUGCACACCGAGCGGAAUUGACAUCUCUUCACGGGGCAACAUUGGAAUGGCUUGUAACAACGUUGACUCACUCGGAUUUUUGCACAAGCGUAGGAUUAUCCUCUCAGUUUUUGUGUGUGCCUGAGAGUUGGGGUUGCAAGAUAUUGAAUGUAUGUUGAACUUCUUUCGCACCUUACAUAGCCAACCAUGCUAUUAGGAGGUGUGGGGGAAGGACACCAAACUAAACACAGAACAAUAACACCAGAGUGCACUGAUUGCGUUUUCAUUUUGUUAAUUCACUUCACUCGGGUUCUUAAGUCCCCCCCCUCCCCCCCCACUGCUUGUUAUGGCUUGCCGAUUUCCGCGAUGAUUACUGGAACACUGUCCAAGAAUUAGAACAAUGGAACUCUUGAUUAUGCUUUUUUCAUCGGGUACCAGGCAGAAGAAGAAACAAAAAUUCCCAUUCGAGUAAUAAACAAUGUUCUCAAUUGCACGUCUCCACGUCGUUUAUUUUCAUGUGUUCUGUUAAAACCUGACACUUUUUUCAACAAGAAAAUUGAGUUGGCUUGUUUUAGCCCUGUUGGUCUUGUUAUGAAACGUGCACACAAAUAUUACGUGUGUGGUGCAUAAGAAGCUAGAACUCUGGACGAUGUUCCUUUAUGAAUUAAAAAAAUAUAUUUUUCACGUUU